AUGACCUGGGCUAUGUCUCUAUUCACACAAGUUCUAAUUAGACUUUCACGUCACAAUCUUUUAGUCUCGGAGGCCCCAGGAGCAAGUGGUGAGGUCAACGACUAUAACUGUGCUGGCGUCAAUGUUUUUGUUGAGGGACACCCGGGUGACUGA